AUGCAUGGAUAUAACGCUGUUCAGUAUGAUAGAUAAUGGGUCAGAAGAGUCAUGAGAGAAGAAAAGACAUUGAUAGAUGCCUUCAAUGAUUCACCUUCAUAAAAAAUAGAUGAAACAUUUAAUAAUUAUGGUUCAACUUUCUAUUAGAAGCAACAAUAAUCUGAUUAAGUGUCAAAUAGAUCAAAAUCAUAAGCAAGUAGAUUGUAAAAUAGCGGCCAAUAGAGUAGAUAAUCUAAUAGAUCGAAGGCCUAAGGAAGAUAAGAAGAGGCAAAACAUGAAGAAUACGAUGAAUUAGAUAAUAUGAGUAAAGUAUCAGUUUAAACUCCAAAAACUCAUGUGUCAGUUAAGGUAUAAACUUAUUAGAAUAUUGAAAUUGUAUAGUCAAAGGCAUCUCAAGCAAGUAAAAGAUCAGGUGUUUCUUCAGUUGGGAGAUAAACUACAAAUACAGUGAAGACAACAACUACCACUAGAGACAGGCUAGCUGAAUUAUAGAUUGAACUAGAAAAGGAAAAGUAAAUGAGAUGGUAGGCUGAACAAGAGAUUCAAAAGAUCAAGUAAAAUGCUAGACAAAGAUGA